AUGCAAAGACGACAACGAAUUUUUCGGGAGCGAGUCAUCUAUAUGGAAUUGUUCGACCACCGUGACUUAAUGAACAGAUUUCGCCCAAAGAAACGUGUGGCACUCUCUCGAGAUAGAUGGAAGCUAGGUACACCUCCGCCUUCUCAAAGGUAACUUUUAAUUAGGUACAGUAAAUAAAGUUUCUAUAAAAAAAAAAAAAAAAAAAAACAAUCAUCCUUAUUACUAAAUUUCCUUUUCUUCCACCUAAGAUAUUAUUUUUCGUUUCAGGAACAAAGCAAUAUUAGCACCAUGUAAAUUAUACACGAUGCCAAGGUACCUUGCAACAGGAUCGUUUUUGUUAACUGUCGCAGACUUUACUGGUGUCAGUGAAUCCUCAGCUUGUCGAUAUAUUGAUCAAGUUUGUAGAGCCAUAUCAAGGUACAAAUCAAAAUUAAUUUAUUUUACAAAAAAUGCAGUUGACAUGAGGAAAGUAAUCAGUGAAUUUUACGAUUUUAGUAAAUUUCCUAGAGUGGUGAGAGCUGUGAAUUGCACUCAUAUAACAGUUCAAUCACCCGGUACAUAGGCAAAAAAAAAAAUUAUUAACUACUAAUUAGGUACAUAGUCAUAAAAUACUAUUAUUAUUUGAUGUGCCCUGUAUGAUUAAACCAUGGUUUGUCAUGAAUUUUGAAGAUGAAAAUAAUUUAGAAACAUUCUAAUCAGAAAAAGUUAUUUUUCCGUCAAUGUAUUUGUAAUCCAUAGCCUAAAAUUAAGGAUAUAGUGGAGUGAUGGCCGAGGUCAUGUCUUGAUCAGAUUAUUUUUGAUAACUCUUCAAUCAAACAUAAAUUUAAAAUGGGGGUCAUAAAAAAAUACCUAUUAGGAGACUGUGGUUAUAAAGUAAAGCCUUAUAUUAUGACACCUCUGCUGAGCCGACACACAAAGCCAUCAGUUGUACAAUGAAAGCCACAUCAGAACAAGAAAUACAAUUUAAAGAUAGUAAAUCGCAAAUUUCAAAACUACCUAAUGGUUUUUAUAGAUUUUUUUUAAUUAAAAUUAUUUUUAUAACUCAACAAAAUACAAGUUACAUAAAAAAAAAAUUAAAAGCCUGUUGGGUAGCUAAAGUGAAUUUAUACUACUUUUAACAUGAUGGCGGCGAAAUGAAAACACGCAUUGUUUUAAUUAUUACCUAUAUAAGCUUAUUUAACAUAUUAACGUUAUUUGUUAUAAUUCUUCAGAUGUUUUGGUGUUCUCAAACAAAGGCUUCCUGUGCUCAGCAAAGGAAUAACAGCAAACAUAAUUAAUACACAAGUAAUAAUUGUGGCAUGUGGUGUUAUCUAUAAUAUCUGUAUCAAUAUACACAAUAAAAUUCCAAAUGGUGCAUUAGUAGACAAAAAAAAAGAUGCUCUGAUCAGGGAUCACUUUGCCAAUUUAUAG